ACUGUACUGAAAAAUUUUGUAAAAGAGAUCGAGUUCAAUGAAACAAUGGCGUAAGUAACCAGAUGGUUUGGAUGUGCGGAUUUCAAAUCGUCGAUUUUAUAAAUUAUUUCGACGAUUAAGAGAAAUGUCGAACCGUGAUCCGGAUAAUUUAAUAACCACAAACGAUGAAAAUUUCGAUUAUUUAUUUAAGAUAGUGCUUAUUGGUGAUUGUGGUACAGGAAAAACAUGUGUUGUUCAAAGAUUUCGAUCUGGUACAUUUAUCGAAAGACAUGGAAAUACAAUUGGUGUGGAUUUUUCCAUGAAAACUGUACUAAUCGAUGACAAGAAAGUUAAGUUACAAAUAUGGGAUACAGCUGGUCAAGAGAGAUUUCGUACAAUAACUCAAAGUUAUUAUAGAUCUGCUAAUGGUGUUAUUGUUGUUUAUGAUAUUACAAAAAGAUCUACAUUCUUAAGUUUACAACAUUGGGUUGAAGAAGUACGAAGGUAUACUUCAUCACAUGUGUUAUUAAUUUUAGUUGGUAACAAAUGUGAUUUAGAAAGUCUCAGAGAAGUUGAAAAAGGUGAAGCAGAAGCUCUUUGUCAAUAUCUUCCUGAAGUAUUACAAGUAGUAGAAACAUCAGCCAAAGAAAAUACCAAUAUAGAUUCUAUAUUUUUCUAUCUAGCAUCUGAGCUUAAAAGAAGAUAUGAAAAUCGCCAAAUAAAUGCUAAUGAAGAUGAAGUUGUUAGACUUGGUGCAAGUAGAAAAUUGUCUUCCUGUUCAAGCUGCUCAUAUAAAAUAUUUUAGGUAAUAGUUUUUAAACAAGUGGUAUACAUAUUUUUUUUAAAUUAAUUUGUAUAUAAAAUGAAAAAAAAUAAUGUACAAUAUUUUUCUAAUGAUUCAAAUGUGAUACUAAAAAAAAUGAGUUGAUAAUGACAAAAUAGUAAUAAUUAUGGUACUAAGCCAGUAUUUUGUGACUAAUUAUAGAAUCAAAACUCACUAUGGAUCUGUAUUAAUUUGGAAAAUUAUUACUACUUCUAGAAUAUUAGAGACUUAAGAUUGAAUAUUUUAAAUGUAUACAUUUGUAAAUAUAAAUAUUUAGAUUUGAUAAUUUGAUAUAAUGAUGACAAUUAUGUACUUCAACUAUUUAUAAAUGUAGCAAAA